AUGAACGUGUAUUCUGGUUCACUUUUGCACAAACCAGAUAUCCCAGUUGUGGGUGUUCAGGUUUUAUUACUUUACCAACCGGAUAACCCUGUAUUGGUAUUUCGAUUCGGUAUGUGUCCUCACUUGAUGAUAUGCGAUGUGAAUCAGACAUGGACGGAUACAUCAUAUGCGUUUGUAACAGGCAAGAGAGGAAGAAGUGACAAAUUAAUAUUUGGUUAUGAUAGAGGUGGAAAAUACAAAGAAGGAGAUAGCAAAACACAAAGUGCUAGUAAGAAAUGUGGUCGUCCUUUCAAAAUUAGGUCAACACCGUCGAAAAAUGGUUCUCGAUGGAAGAUCGAUGUAAAAUGUGGAGUUCACAACCAUGGCUUACCUGAUAGAUUUGAAGUUCAUACUUUCGUAAGUCGACUAAAUGCAGAUGAUCAACAACAUAUAGUUGAUUUGACAAAACGCCAUGUUCCACCAAGACACAUAUUAUUGUCAUUGCAAGAGCGUGACCCGAAGAAUGUCACUCAGAUCACGCAAAUAUACAAAUAUAAGAGUAAGAUAUAUAAAGACAUAAGGGGCCCUAGAAUGGAAAUGCAACAAUUAUUCAAGUUGGUAGAGGAAUCAGGUUAUGUUUACUAG